GGAGGAGGUAAAAUAAAGAGGCGAUUGUCGGGGAGUUGGAGAUGUUUAUAAAGGCUGGAAUGAGAGAAAUUCUGACACAACACACACACACACACACACACACACACUCAGUAGAUUGCUCGGACAUAUAAUCACACAGACACCAUGCUGAGAAGUCGUCCUGCUCCUUCGCUCCUUUCCAUCGCUUUACUCAUUUCCUCCGUAUUACAAUCAUCGUCAUCAUCGUCAUCGUUAAUACGCAAUUCCACCCGAAGACUCGGUGCUCCCGAUCCUCGUUUCAACGAUCCAGAUGAAGACUACGAUAACAUAUAUGAUGAAACUGUCAUCACAAAAUCACCUCGCAAAACCACAGAUUCUCAGCAUCCGCCCUGCAACUACGACCUCUGUAAGGACCAGCAGGAGACAUGUCAGAAUCUCUCCUUCGCUCUGUCUUGCUCCUGCCCCGGUAUCAGCGGCCCCUUUCAGCCACCAGACCCUCCUGUACUCCAGAGUCUGUCUUUAGAUAGCAAGGGAAAAGUGGUAGUGCGGUGGUGCGCACCAUCCUCCACAGUCACCCACUACCUCGUUCAGGUGGAUGGUCAAGUGGUGCACAGUGCAAAUGUGAAUAGGAGGAUGAUCGAGCUGGGAAAUCUAGCUCCUGGCACUGAGGUGUGCGUUAAAGCGGUGAACAAGGUGGGCGUCAGCACCAAGGGGACAGACUCGUGCACCAACUUUGACCCCAACACCUCUGAGACGAGGCUCAUCAUCAAGUUGGUGCUCAUCGGAGCAGCAGUGAUGUUGGUGAUUGUAAUUUUGGUCGUAGCGCUCAUGCUCUGGCGGUGCAGGAGACACAGGAAAACUUCAACACGGACAGCAAACCCAUGAACCCACAUGGUGCUCUGAUGGAGAGAACACAUAAAGCAGUAGAUGUCUAAAAAAAACUGUUGCUUGAGGGAUUUUCCUGGAUUUUUUUUUUUUAAUGUCUGUGUUCAAAAGCACUUUAGUCAUGUUAGAGUUGUUUGAGUAUUAAUUGUAAUGAAUGUUGAGCUUUUUUUGUGGCUUAUUAUUAUUAUUAUUAUUAUUAUUAUUAUUAUUAUUAUUAUUGGAGGUUUUGCUUCCUUUUAUCCCUUUAUCAGUUUUUUUCCCUCAACGUAUGGAACGAAAACCAGCUCCUAAAUCCUGUGCAACACACUUGUCCUUGCUGAUGACUCUGCCACUGGAAGCUUUAAACUCUUUCCCUUCUGAUUAGGGUUUUGUACUUUGUGUGUCACUGAUUUUUAUCACAAUAAAACUCUGAUUGACUGGAGUGUGAGCCAUCAGAGCCGGAGAGACCAGAAGAAAAAAACGAUCAUUAAUUUUUUUGUUUAUGUUCUGUUCAGUUUAUAUAUAUGUUAUGUAUAUAUAUAUAUAUAUAUAUAUAUAUAUAUAUAUAUAUAUAUAUAUAUAUAUAUAUAUAUAUAUAUAUAACUGUGUCAGCAUUAAAACAGUUACUCGGGAACAUG